AUGGAGGACAGAGACAGGAGAAACAAAAUUUUACUAGCGUAUGGAUCCCAGUACGGCACUGCGUACGACUGCUGCAGAAUCAUUUUGUACGAAUUGUAUCGAAGCUUCCACAUAGACUUCUUUUCCCUGAAUGAGGUAAAUUUGAUGAGCUUGCACAGGUACGAAAAUGUCAUUAUAAUUGUUAGCACCACAGGGUAUGGCUGCUACACAAAUAAUAUGUCAACUUUUUGGCUAGCUGUGCAUAAGGCUAAAGUAAGAUUUGACGCAGGUACUUAUUUUCAUUUGUUUGGAUUGGGGGACAGUGCAUAUGAUAACUACAACAUAGUGGCCAAGAAAUUAAAAAAAAAAUUAAAAUCGCUCAAUGCAAAUGUUGUAAAUUAUAAUUUAGGAAAUUAUCAACACCCUUCUAUGCAUUUUUCAAAUUUUAUUAUUUGGAAGGAUAAUGUGUACCGAUUUUUGAUGAGCAGAUAUUCCUCCUUUGAAUUAAAUGAGGACGUCCCGCAGUUUUACUCCAUCAGGAGGGUAAGUCAAUUAGCAGGUGGGGUAGAUAGCGACGUGGAGGGGAAACAACACGUGGAAGACAUCCAUAGUGAGUAUAGUGGCGCUCCCCAAAUUGGUGACUUCAAACCGGAUGACCACUUUUGUACACUCUUAAAAUAUACCAAAUUUGGAAUUUUAAAAAAUGAGAGGUACACAGAUAGGUCCUACUUCCAAGAUAUCAGGUGUAUCGACCUGGCGGCACCACCCACGUUAUCCUUCAAUGUGAGUAGCUUGUUAAAUGUUCACCCAUUUCUAAACGAGGACAAAACGAAAGAGGUAUUGAAGAUGUUAAAAAUUAAUUUUGAUGAGUAUGUCAUUAUUCAAUACAACUACCCGGAGGGUAAAAAGAGCAUCACAGAUAGCGUUCCGGUUAAUAAAAGGAUAAAAGUAUUACACCUCUUUAUGUACUUCCUAGAUUUAAGCAAAAUGGUUGCACCCUUUUUCUUCACCUAUCUGAGUAAAAAAACGACAAGCGAAAUGCACAAGAAGAAAUUUCUGCAGUUGGCAGACACAAACAAAAUUGAAGAUUAUUUCUCCUACAUCUAUCAGGAUAAAAGAUCCUACUACGAUAUCUUCUGCGAUUUUUAUGGUUACAUACAAGUAGACGUGACCUUUCUCGUGAACACUCUGCCCACUAUUCAACAAAGAUCCUAUUCGAUAAUGAACCCCAUGGGAUAUUACAAUUAUGCAAAUAUAAAAUUUAACCCCUACCAGUUGUACCUGCAUAAUGUAAACCCCUUUUUCUUAUCCCUGCUAUCCUUUUUAAAACUCCAUUUUUACACAAGGAGGAAAGGAGCAGGAAAUAUUUUAGCUCAAUUCACAGAGGAAAUGUGGACGAGGCGUACCUUAAGAUUUAUAAAUUUCAUGAGGAACAAAUUAAUCAACCGUGGGAACAACAUAAUCGAGUUACUGGUUACACUUUACGAAGUUGAAAUAAACAAAAAUAAAAAGUUGGUGGGUCUCUGUUCAGAUUAUUUAGUUAACUCCAAAGAAGGAACUUUUAUUUACGCACAAAUUCAAGAUAGCUUAUUGUGGUUUAAUAAAAAUAUCCUCAACCUAGGCUAUCGAAUUGUUUAUAUUUCUACCGGCUCAUCGUUUAGUAGCUUCCUGGGAGUUAUCAGAUACCGCCACGAUUUGCACGUGAAACGGAUCUCUACACAUAGGGAGGGAAAGGAAAAGGAGAAGAAUGGACCGGCCGCUCCUCUUCCAAAAGAUUUCCUCUUCCUUGGACUUCGCAACAGGUUGCAUGACUUUUACUUUGAAGACCUUCUCCGAGGGGUUACCUAUUUCAACUACAUUUUUGUGGCCUUCUCCAGAGACCCCAACGACAAUUUUUCUUUUCUCAACAGGGAGGUGGAGCUGAGUUGCACGCGUAGUGCUAUUAGCGAUGCUGUUAGUGAUAGGACAGGCGAUCACCAUCACGAUGACUGCACCGAUGACGAUCGCUGCCGCAUCGACCCCCACAUCAACUACGAACACGUAAAAGAAGUGCUAAGUGAGAAGAAAAAGAAAAUAUACGUAACGGACAUCGUGUUGGCUAUGCAGGACUGCAUGUAUGAACUCCUAACGCAGAGGAAUACAAUAUUCCUAGUGUCUGGAAAAUCCCGCCCUUUUGCACAGAACCUGAUCAAGACCUUCGGGGACAUCAUCAAGCAGAAAGAGCCCCACAGAACAGAGGAAAACAUUAAUUCCUUUUUAAAAAAAAAAGUGGAUGAUUUUUCCAUAAUAAUAGAAUCAUGGUACUAA